UACAGUGUUGGUGCUUGCGCUCUUUUCGGUGCAGAGACCUUGCGAGUGGAAAGGUUUCCUGGGUGGCGUGAGGAAGGAGGACUUUGCGUGUAAGGCUGGAACAUACACCACGGAGAUUAUAUCGAUCGAUCCGCAGCUUAUUUACAUCAAUAAUUUUUUCGAUGUCGGCGAAAUAUAGGGUUUAAUUGCCGAAGGGUUUGUGUUCUCUCCUUCCUCUCCUCUCGUUCAAUGCACCCUCUCCCGCGCCCAGUCCUUCAUGGGCUCCUUCAUCCCUCCCGACGGCGACUUCGGCAAGCCACAACUAGUGCACUACGAAAAGGCAAGAAGAUCGAUGUCCAUCACUACUGGUAUGACGAGUCUCAACUAGUUCGAGGGAUGAACAGGAGGUGGUUCUCUCGCGUGGCGAGCUUCUUUGUUUAUUUGGAAGGAGGGGAAGCUGGGUGUAAGGGAAGCAAGACGUGGUUUCCGCACCGGAUGUUAAGGGGGAAGGGGAAGGGAAGUAGGAGGAGCACAAGGAGGAGGCACGAAGUUUGUCCCGAGGAGUGGCAAUGCGCUAUUUUGGAUUAAUUUGCAUGCUAAUGGGACGGGGGAUGAGAGGACGGUCCACGCGGGGUUGCCGUUGCUGGAGGGAAGGAAGACGGCAAGGAAUAUU